GUCAGCUCGCCACAAGCUCGGGGUAGGUAUACUCGUUGCCAAGCGGAGCGCGGCGAGUCCUACGGGUUCCCCAUCGCAGAGUAUUGAUCUACAUGUAUGUCGUCGUUAGACCGCAUCUGCAAGUUCAACUAGCGAAAGUUGAGAGCUGAAUGCAAUAGUCCAGGCGAAGCGAAUAUGGCAGGAUCACCAUUGUAGUCGAAAUAUAUAAGAAGAGAUCAUGGUAUCAUAAGUUCAAGCAAAGUGGCAGGAAGAUAUUAGUAGCAGGCUCAAGGCACACCUCUUUAAAACCAAACCUCUUUUGUCAUAAUAUCACCCAUCAUCUCAUUUAGGAUGAAGAACGUACAGCUUAGCCUCCUGGCUUUGGUACUCUGCACAGCUGGUGUCAAUGCCAAAAGUUACAAAAAGAAUGUCCCAACCUACGAGAUUGCGCCCGGCGCGGAGGUUAAAGGCAACACAAUAACCUACGAAGAACCAGAUUGCGACGACGGCCUCGAUUGUACGACUACGAGAAAGUGUAGUAAAGCUGGAUAUUCUCCCUCAUUGUCCGAGGAUAAGAAGUAUUUCGCUUGCUGUGCUGCUGGACAGCAACUCCUCGGUAGCCCUGAAACAGCAUUUGACUGCUGCGCUGAUGGACACGACCUAGCCGGUAACGACCAUUGCGGUUAUCGGUGCUGCCCGACUGGUUUCACUUUUGAUGGCAAUCAAUGCAAGGAAUUUUGCAAGAAUGGCAAAGCCCUUGUCGAUGGCAAAUGUGUCUGCCCCAAGGGAACAACCGAGAGUUCCGACGGCACUUGCGAGAAGACGCCCGAUGAGCAAGGGGGUUGUGAUGAUGGAGAAUGCUCCUCUGGUCUUGAAUCUGGCAAGUGCUAUGUUUUCAAAGCCGAUAAUGGCAACAGACUGGGUCUUGCUGGCGACAACGUUUAUUACGCAGCCGCUGAGAGCAUGACCCAGCGUUAUGGCAAAUUUCAACUCUGUCUGGACGAGAAAUGCACUGCUGGGAAGCCCAUAAACCCAUCAACUGAGGUCUACAUCCGCGAUACGUACGGCGAUUUGGCAACCGGCGCCAACAAGAACCAAUGGCUCAUCCACGCUUUCAACGGAGGACACAUCGGUCGGACCCCAAUGUUCUCCCUGGCUGGGCACUUCUCCAUCAGCAAAUGGCCUUGCGGAAAGUACUGCCUUGGAGGAUUCACGGAGGGUGUCGGCCCUGCUUGUCCUGCAAUUACGCCUGCAUUAACAUUCUACACCCAAGACCCGCAGAUGUGUGUCGAGUUUGAAUUCAUGGAAGUCCCGUGCGAUCUUAAGUCCGACGCCAACAACUGUAUCUGGAAGAGUGGUGAUCAGUGCUGCAACAAGAUUGACUGCAACAAGUCAAGCUGCUCGAAGAAAGGUAAAUAAAUCUUUGGAUUUUCAUUGAGCCUUGAGUUAGAGGAGAUGGUCUGAUGGAAGAGCUUGGACUGGGCUACGGAACAACGGUGGUUGAUAUGUAUACUUCUUUCUUGUGUUAUCAUAUUUGGCCGCAUUCGUUUUACAAUGUAUCAGAGAGCAGCUAGC